AUUUUAGUGUCUUUCCCUGUGCGAGUGCGCACGCUUACUGCUUACGCAACUUAUGACUAAUCUUUGUAAAAUUGAUUAAUAUAGGGCAAUAGAGAGUGUAAGAGAGAGAGAUCGGAGAGAAGAGGAAGAGAUAGGGAAACGGAUAAAUUUUAUGGCGGACUUAGAGAUUGAACUAAGAGCUGUUGCUCGAUCUUUAACACCUUUACAGGGAUUCAAACUAUGCUGUGAUUUGGAUGAUAAAACUAAUAAACUAUUGGAUAUUGAAGUUGAUGAAAAAUUGAGAAAAGCUAAAACUCUCGUCGAAGCGUACAAUAACAUUCCAUCAACGUCGAAAGCAGAUAGAGGAUAUUAUUUAUUACUUAAAAAAUGCCGUGUAUAUCUACACCUAAGUCGUCGACAACUUUUAGUGCCUGAAAUUGCUCGUUAUUUAACAAUUGGACAAUGUCUCUCGGUAGCCAUUGAUUUGGGAAUGAAUAGAGAUAGAGUAGAGAAAUUAUUAUUCGGAUGGUCCUCAUUAGCAACUCAAAAAACAUUAAAUAGAUGGUGGACUGAUAACGUUCAUAUAUCCGAGGAGACUAGAAGAUCGAGAUUAUACGCGGCAGUUAUGAAAGUUUGCCUAAAGAAAUAGCCAUUUUUCAUAUAUUAUAUUGAAAAGAGACAGAAUGCAAGACAAAUAAAAAUUAGGUAUUGUUUUCUUUUGCUGUGUAACAAAUAUAUUUAUAUAUAUAAAUCAAAUUUUCAUGAUUUUUGUAUAUUUCUCCUUUGUCUAAGUAUUAGAUCAAUUAUUUAUCUUGUUAUGGUACUGUCCAUAUUUUUGUACCAUACCGUCUAAAACCAAAUAUUAGCGCCUAGCUACUAUAUACACAUAUAUUGAUAAAAAACACCACUAUACGUUUAUACUGUAUAUAGUAUAUAUAUAUAUAUAUAUAUACUGUAUAUACAUAAUAAUAUAUUGAAGUAAAGCAUAUGUAAGUGAUACAAUCGUAUUUGAAAGAUGAUAAAGCUAUAUGUAUUUUUCUAUUGAUAUAAAGGACAAGGAGCGGCGUAAGGACUAGUGAUGUUUAUUAAUAAGUGUGGUUAUAAUUUUAUAAUGUUAUUUAUAUAAAUUGAAUAGUUUAACUGCCUUGUUAUGUGUUUUUUUUAUUGAAUUUUUAUUAUUGAUAGAUAGAGAAUUUUUAAAAUAUGAGAUUAUACUAAUUCAUACAACCGCUAAAUACUGAGAAUUAAACAAUUAUCUACUAACGCCAUCUAGCAUUAUAGCACUUAAUUUUUCACCUUAUCCAUAUAUUGAUGGUUAUAUUUGUCAUUGAAAAAAAAACUGGCUUAGUCUUCCUCUUAUUAAUACAGGAUUACAGACAGUAUAGUGAUAGAC